CUACUUCUAGAUUUAACCAUAAAGCUUUAUAGCUGGUUCAAUUCAAUUGUUUUUCUUCAUCUAAACUAUUAAAUCAUCGCAAUUAAAUAUUAUAUUAUUUACAAUAUUAAUUAAUAUCGCUCAGCAAUUCAAUAAUUUUGUCUUAAAUGUCAGUUUUUCAAAAUUAAAGUUGAAAGUAUUGGGAAAAUAAUUUGAAAACCUGUUUCUUUCAAUCACCUGGAAAGCCUUCUUCGAAAGUGUAAACAUAAACAAACAGUGUAACUUGAAUAUUUGCUGAUCCUCUUUAAUUGUUUUUCUUCAGUAUUUCGGAUGAUUAGAGCAAUGGGUGACAUUCCAAUAUCUCUAUCAGCGACUCAAGUUCUAUCAAAGAUCAAACAAGCUUGUGACAAACGAAAAGAGGCUUUUAAAAAUAUCAAUGUCAGACUGGUCGCUGUGAGCAAAACCAAGCCUAAAAGUGCCAUAAUUGAGGCUUACAACUGUGGACUUAGAUAUUUCGGUGAAAACUAUGUUAAUGAACUUUCUGAAAAAAGUCAUGAUCCAGAGGUUAUCGAGAAGUGUCCUGAUAUUAAAUGGCAUUUUAUUGGUCGUGUCCAGAAGAAGCAAAUUAAUAAACUCCUUGCCACAAGGAACUUAAGUAUUUGGGAAACAGUUGAUAGUCAGGUUGUUGCCGAUCUUGCAAAUGGAUCAUUAGAGCGUAACUUCGCAGGCAAAAAGGUUUCGGUAAUGGUUCAAGUUAACACUAGUGACGAACCAAACAAGGCUGGAAUUGAACCAGAAAACGUUAAUAAUUUAGUGGAGCAUAUUAUCUCUAAAUGUCCACAUCUCGAAUUGGUUGGUCUGAUGACAAUUGGUUCAAUCAAUCAUAGUCUUGGAGAAGGUUUGAAUCCAGAUUUUGAGCGAUUAGAAAAGUGUAAACAAGAAGUUUGCCGAAAAUUUGAUUUUGAUGCUGAUAAAUUUGAACUGAGUAUGGGAAUGUCCAGUGAUUUUGAAACUGCGAUUUUGAUGGGAAGCAGCAAUGUGAGAGUUGGUAGCACAAUUUUUGGCCAACGAGAAUACAAGAAGUGAUACUCAUCAAUGUAGAAAGUAGCAAUUAACUUGAAAAUUACAUGACUGACAAUAUUUCUCAAUCGAUAAACGAUAAAGUUCGGUAAAGGAUAAACCACUCCAUGCUUUCGAUUGACUUGUGAUUACUUAAUUCUCUCUAAUCGUUACUUAUCAACUCUUUAGAAAUCCUCAUGAAUAAAGCAAGAGAUGAAACGCUUUGAUCAAAGAUCAAAAUCAAAUCUUUGAUGCUCUUGAAUUAAUCAUCUUUUAUUAAUUAAGAUUAUAUACACGUAGCAGAAAACUUGGGAUCUAUUUUUGAUUUAAACAUGCAUUAAAUAUUUAUUUGAUUUAAAUUCAAUGUACAAUUAACUUAGCUAAUUAAUAAGUUUAAAGUAAACCCCAACACAUGAUUUGCAGAUUCAGUUCAAGAAAAUAAUGAAAGUAAGAUCAGAGUUCUAAAUGUUUGGAAGACAUGAUUUUAAUAAGUAAAUUAUGAUUGAAAUGCGACAAAGUUAUUUCAAAUUAAAACUAACCUCGAGUUUUUUUAUCAUAAUCUGAUAGUUUUAUAUAAUCAAUAUGAUUUGCAAUAAUUAUACUUUGUCCUUUACAAUAAAAUGAACAUUAAGUUAGGUAAUGUAGUGAUUCAGGCGGUGAAAACGUGUCGAGAGACUGUUAAUAAAAAAUCAUUGGUUGAACAUGACGUAGCAUAAUUAUUCCUC